UGUUGAUGGCAUUGCCCAAAUGCAGAUUUUUUUGUGUGAGACUUGGGAGAAUAGUUUCCACAAAGCCAAGCAUGUCCAUGCCAUUCUUCACUCAACACCGUGUUCAGUUUUUACACGUAAAAGUUGGAUACAAAGCUGAAAUAAGUAAGAAGUUCACAUCAAAGGAUAUUGUUACCUUUUCUGAAUUAACAGGGGACACUAACCCAUUACACUUGGAUGAAGAAUAUGCAAAGCAAUCAAGGUUUGGGAGAACAGUUGUACAUGGUGUUUUGAUCAAUGGACUUAUUUCAGCUGUCCUAGGUACGAAAAUGCCUGGGCCUGGGUGUAUCUUCCUUUCUCAGGUAAUUAAUUUUCCAUCUCCUUUAUAUGUUGGAGAAGAGGUCUUGGCUUCAGCAGAAGUGAAGAAAUUGAAGAGGUGUCUUGCUUAUAUUGCAGUGUCAUGUACAGUUGUCCAAAGUGGCAAAAUUGUCAUGGAGGGUAUUGUUAAAGUUGUAGUGCCUGAAGAUCACAAGCCUGUGGCCUGAUUGUAUAGUUCAGGGGUCCUCAAACUUGGCAGCUUUAAAACUUGUGGACUUCAACUCCCAGAAUUCUCCAACCAGCAUAGGUGGCUGGAGAAUUCUGGGAGUUGAAGUCCAUGUCUUAACGCUGCUAAAUUUGAAGACCUCUGGUAUAGUCUGUCCUAUUGGUAGCUGAGAUGUACUUUUAGCUGUAUUCAAGUAGUUACCUAACUCUCUGAGGAAUUUGAAACAGUUUAAUUCCAAUGUUUUGAUGUUGAUCUGAUUUAAAAGAUUGCUUUGCCUUUUUUCAAUGUGACAAGUGAAAUAGAAUGAAAGCUUCAGAAGAAUGCUGUCGUGUCCCACUCCUCCGCUGACGGCCGGGUCGGGGAAGUCCGUAUCAAGCGUGCCUCUGCAGCUCUGCCAAAGUCCUAUCAGAGUUCUCAAGGCAGGCAGGAGACCAGGAAGUGACUUCAGCAAUCCAAGUUAGACUUUGCCUGACUCAGAGAAUGCCAGAAAGCAGAUCCUUUAUAUAGACCAUGGGGUAUAGCUCCAUGACUCAGCACUUAUCCAGGCCUGCCCCUCCCUUCCUUUUGCUGAUGUCGCCUCUCAACUCUCCGGAAGCGAGGAUCUCUCCAGCCUCCAGCUGUUGGUAAUCUGAGCUCAUGACUGGCUUCACAUUCUUCAGGCUCACAUGCUAUAGGGGAGGGGUUUAGUUGCUCCGUUUGCCUGGGCAUGGUGCCAGGACUGGGGGCUGAAGGCACGUCAGGCCCUUUAUCUUGCUCGGCCUGUCCGGGCAUGGUGCCAGGGCUGGGGGCUGGAGGCAUGCCAGGACAUUCUUCCGAACUAUCAGCGUCCGGCAGGAGAUAAGAGGGGCCCGGCUGCGGCAGGGGGAGCGGGCGAGACACAACAAAUGCUGAGGUAAAAAUCAGUAUCUAAAAUGCCUUGAGUUGUUUACUUUGGAUUUAUAUAUCGGACAGAUUUAAGGAUUGUCAUGUUCGGUUUGACUAGUGACCCCAUUAGCUCUGCAUUUUAUCAAUAAAAAAUAACCACCCAGGUGACAGUUUUAUUGCUUAGGGAGUUGGUGCAAUCCAUCCUCUUAUCAUUAACUAGAAGUACAUUGUAGAUCUGACCUCUUCUUCCUCCCACAAAUGUCAUUUAUAUAAAUACGUUUGAUAUAGAAUAAGCUGACAAAUAAGAUGAAGAACUUAAUGUUAUUUCCUCAAAUUCUCUUGCUGAAAAAAAAAAUCAGUACAAGCUUGGUAUUCUCCUUGCGGCAAAGUAACACUUGACUUCUCUGGAAUGUUAAUCUCAACUACCACUCUGUUAUCUUUCUUCUGUUUUAACUUUCCCAAUUAAUAAAAAAAAACUUGUAUUGUU